UCGGCCAAGGAAAGGGAUGGCCGAAGGGGAGGGGGCGAAGCACCUAUAUAAACCACGAGGACAUCAUCUUCCCGUGAUAUAUUCUCUCCGCUCGCAGCUCAGGGAAUAACUCUUUUUUUUAGUGCUCCCGGUGGUGUUCUGUGGCUCGCGGCAAGCUCUACAAGGAUGAUUCGACAGGCGUUCCUGGUUGCGUCAGUAGUCGCUUUGGCGUAUGUAUAUUCGUCACCUGUAUUACAUAGGGCGAAGCGCUGGGAGGAGUUCCCGAACCUGACCUUCACGUUCGACUGCUCGGAGCGCGCCGUCGGCUUCUACGCGGACACGGAGCACCACUGCCAGAUCUUCCACAUGUGCGACGAGGAGGGCCGCCGCAUCCCCUACAUCUGCGCCAACGACACCAGCUUCAACCAGGAGUACCGCGUGUGCGACUGGGAGUACAACUUCGACUGCCAGCAGGCGCCGCAGUGGUACUACCUGAACGAGCUGACGUACGUGACGGACCCGCCCAAGCCGCGCGAGCGGGAGCCCAGCAGGAGCGUGCCGUUCGCCCAGUGAGAGCGCCCUCCUCCCAUCGUCUAGUCCCGGAGAGCCUCGCCGCGUGCUCAGAUUCCGCGCCCCGGACUGUACCUGCCGCCCGAACCUCGGGGCCCCGGAGCGAGCGUGCGAGCCGGCGCUCCCCCCGCGAAGCACUCUCCCCUCCUCUUCCGCACCCGUCCUUCCAUUAAUUCACAUCCUUCGAACUAGACGCGUACAGCCAAAUACGCGACCCUCCGCAGGCUAGUGACAAGCGAAAUUCGCGGUAAUUUUUUUUUCUGACACCGUGGCGGACGCCAUUUUACAAUAAGGAAAAUCAGGACGUUGCAAAUUUGUUGAUUGGUAGUUGCCACCAUUAUGUAUCGGUCGCACGCGACUGGGUCGAACUUUUUUUUUGCAAGUAUUUAAUUCGCGUUAUUUUCCACGAUCAUGUCGAUGGCACGGGUUCAUUGGCCGUGUGCCACAUUCCAACCUUCCCUGGUUACGCAUGAUUAGGGACUGGUAAAAAAAAAAAAAUAACUUACGUGGAUUAAAUGAAAUCCAGGGUAGAUUCUACAAUACUCUCAAACUUUGGCAAAGUCACCUGUUCAUUGGCCGCUGACUUGUGAGGCGUCUCAACUGUCUCAUCUGUUGACGGUUGGUCAUACUAAUGUGCACACAGACAUUUUGAGUCGUGAUGUCUACAAAAAUUUAACUAAACUUAUAUUUUAAUGUAGCGUGGAUGUUAUAAAUAUUAGCAAUAAAAAUUAAAAUUUUGUUAUGAAUCCCAAAAUAUUAAAAAAAAAAACAACUUAUAGUAAUGCGAGUGUCGCAUUCCUAGAAAUCUCAAUUUUUGUGGAUGUACGCAUAUAGGGAUGCAUCGGCAUUCCUUGUGAGAAUUCGGAAGCAACGGAGAUAUGGCCACGUCCAGUAUGAUGCACUCUUAGUGGAUCUCUUAGCUAAGGGAUUCAUUAGGCUAGUGUUCGGAUGCAGCCUGGGUCUCUUGUUAUUCGAUACUUCUUUGAUCGAGAGUUUCUAAUUGGCCCCGAGUCCUACAGUUAAAAAGUUAACCAAUAGAAAAAUCAUCACAAACUUAUAAUUAUCUGAAUUUUAGCAUAUCACGAAAUGAUUCCGCGAUAGUUCUUCUCUCUGCACAUGAUUUGAUCAGCUGUUUUUAAGGUGUUUUGUCAUUGGCCUCUAGUCCUUCAGAUAAUCCGAUGAAAAGGCUCGCCAAAUAACAACGCAAAUUUCGCUGGUCACUACUCUCCAACUGUGAGGAAACUCAACCGUCCAAUAAUUUUGUGCCUGUCUGAUUUGAUUGGGCCUUCCCCUUCACGAAAAAAUUAUUUCCUUACUUGUUCGUAAAUUUGGCAAUUUUAAAUGUUUCAGAAGAGCAAUUGACAUACAACUUCACCCUCGUUUUACUCACGCCGUUGUGUGUGUUUUGUUUGGAAAUAGUAUCAGUGUGUUUAUGACGAUUGAUCUGUAUACUCCGUUUAGUGCUAUUUGCUGUGAACUUUUCUACCUACAUUUGAACUGAUGUAUGUAACUGUAAGAGAAUCUUAGUGUAAGAAAGUGAUAAAAAACGUCGUUGGCAUACCUAUGAUGUAAAAAUCAAAAUCUUUGUGUCUUAUAAAAGGGUAGUAAAAUUUUUCUCCUGUAUUGAGACGUGGGAGAAACCUUUACUUUUUUAAACACAUUUUUUCGUGCUUCACUCGAUUAAAUACAAAGAUUACGACACUUUUAAUAACGUAGUUUGUAAAGAUAUGUAAUGAAGAAUAAAUAUUUUGAAUCUAUUUAAAAAUUUGUCUAAAAGGUAAAUAUGAUAUUAUAUCACGUAUCGUUUGUAAAUACGCGUGUGAUACUUUCUCAAGGUAUUGUGAUGCGGUCAAAGUAAUAAUGAAUUAUAAGAUGAAUUCAAAAUAAAGCAAAGUAAUAAAUGUUGUUAAAUAAAACCUAUUUAAAUCUUGCACAAUUUAAUUUUUUUUUAAUUGCGCAGGUACGCAUUUACAAGAUUAAAAAAUAUUUGAUAGACCUAAUAAUCUGUAUAUAAUUUUUUUUAACUACAACCAUUCAAUUACAAGAACAUUUCAACGUCUUCUAAUGUGCCAGUGUAUGUUAUAUUUUAAAUAUUGUUUUAAAAACUUUUGUAUUAUAGUUUGUUAGCAUAAAAUUACGCAUGUUAAUAAAUUUCAUUUUUAAGUGACCUCACUGUGCUUCAAUUCAAUUAAUACAAUGAACCUUGAAAAUAAUUUUAUUUGAGUUAUCUAACUUAAUUGUGAAAGGAAAUAAACCACAAUUUUGAAGAAAUCAUAUAUAUUGCAAUAAGGUGCUUGCAAAUGGAACAUACUGCAGUAUUUAUUCAUUUAAAUUGCCUAGAAAUUAAGAAAAUUAAUACAUUUAAAAAUAAAAACAUGGUAAGUACAAUUAAAAUUUGUUAGGUGUGGUUACUUCAAGAAAGAAGGGGAAAAAUUACGACCCAGUUCCAAUGAAGAAUGAUUAAAAUGAAUAAAAGACAUCAAACAUCA